GUUUGUGAUGAUCAGACUUGGGGUUAAAUUUAUUUUUUCACUGCUCAAAUACAGCUACUUGCUUUACUGAAAUUGAGAAGACGAAGGGGAAAUGUUAUUUCGUCCAAAAUCAAUUCGUCCCUCUCUGAUUUUAGGGCUCAAACAAACGGAAGGAUGAUGUUGGGUCGACUGAUUGCUGCAACUACUACGAGGAGAUGCUCUCCUCUUUCCGUUAGCUUUGUCAAGCAAAUUCAAAACCAAUGAUGUCUAAGCAUGGAUAGCGAGAAAAUGAAGAUGAUGAAGGCUGUUGGAACAAACACACAUGCUGCAAUUGCUGGGUUCAAUGAGAUUUGUUUUUGUCCUAAUCCGGGUACCAGAGAUCUAAAUGAAUUUUUGAUUGGGCUUGUGAGAUCAAAACAUUAUGAAUUGGUCUUAUCUUUAUGCAGCAGAACACACAUGCAAUCGAUUAUUUUGCCUGAUUUGGUCACUUGGAAUAUUCUGGUCAAUUGUUUCUCUAAAUGUGGUCGUUUUAGUCAUGCCUUGUGUAUCAUGGGAAAGAUGAUGAAACUGAGAUUUCAGCCUAAUGCAGCAACGUAUGGACCUAUUGUGAAAGGUGCUUGUGACUCUAUGGAUGUUGUAGUUGCAUUGGAUGUCCUGAAACAGAUAGGCCUAUGCAGAGCAAAUAGAUUAGCUAAGAGUGAGGAGAUGAUGCAUGAAAUGCUGAGAAUAGGUGUUUCUCCUUAUGUUGUCACUUAUAGUGGUGUCCUUAAUGGAUAUGCUAAAAGAGGACUAACCCAACCUGCUGAAGAGAUGUCAGCGAAAUGGUUAGAAGGAGUGUUGCUCUGGAUAAUUAUGCUCAGUGGGUUAUGCAACAAUCAAAUGCAUCUAGAGGCGCUAAAGCUCUUCGACAGUUUGAUGAACACUGAAAUGUGUUUUGACAAGGAGUUACAUACCAUAAUGAUUGAGGGGUCAUUCAAGUUCAAGAAGAUCAAAGAGGCAUGUGCACUAUUCCUUACUUUACCGAUGAAAGGAGUGCAAAUUGAUUUGCACUAUGGGUUAUGCAAAAGAAGUAUGAUUGCAAAAGCUGAAAUGGUGGUUUCAAAGCUAAUUCAAGAAGAACAUACAAGGUUGAUGACAACGAGGAUGGAGUCAAAAGGUAAGUUGCUGGGAGAUGACUUCUCAAGUUCUUUGACAGACAGAGACUCUUCACGACUAUCUUUAACCCCACACGUCGCGCCAAUGGAGAAGGUUCUACUCUCGGUACUCUCGUUUUUGACAUCGAACUUGUCAGCACCAGACGCCUUCACCAAUGAGUUAUAUUGUCCUAACAACGAAACCACGCUCGUUUUUGUCACAGUAACUCAAACAAUGUCAUCCACAAAACUCAUCAUCUCCAUCCCUUUCUUCUUAUCUCUCCUCCUAAGAUUCUCCUCCGCCCAAUCCUUCGUGAAAGCUACGUACUGGUUUGCGGAGAGUGAAUCUCCGGUCGCGGACAUUGACUCAUCUCUCUUCACUCACCUAUUUUGCGCUUUCGCUGACAUCAACACUCUAACAUAUCAAGUCAUUGUCUCCUCCAGGAACAAACCCAAAUUCUCCACCUUUACACAAACCGUCCAACGGAGAAACCCUACCGUGAGAACCCUUUUGUCUAUCGGCGGUGAUUUCACAUAUAAUUUCGCGUUUGCGUCUAUGGCAAGUAACCCCACCUCUAGAAAAUUGUUCAUUGGUUCUUCUAUAAGGCUCGCUAGAUCGUAUGGAUUCCACGGUCUCAAUCUAUAUUGGAAGUACCCGAGCACUACGGCAGAGAUGGACGAUUUCGGGAAGCUACUUCAAGAAUGGCGAUUGGCGGUUAUAGCAGAGGCUAGAAGCAGCGGUAAACCGCGUUUGCUUUUGACGGCUGCGGUUUUCUACUCCUAUAGCUACUAUUCGGUACUGCACCCGGUUCAAGCCGUUGCCGAUAGCUUGGAUUGGGUUAAUCUUGUUGCCUAUGAUUUUUACGAUUCGGGUUCGUCUAGAGUAACUUGCUCACCAGCUCCUCUCUACGAUUUUAUAACCGCAGGUCCAAGCUGCGACGCCGGAGUGAGAGCGUGGACUCAAGCUGGACUUCCGUCGAAGAAAGCAGUCUUGGGAUUUCCAUUCUACGGCUACGCAUGGUGUCUAACAGACGCCAAGAAUCAUAACUACUAUUCGAAUAGCAGCGGACCAGCGAUAUCACCUGACGGUUCCAUCGGAUACAAUAAGAUAAGAAGGUUCAUAGUGGAUAAUAAAGCAACGACGGUUUAUAAUUUGACGUUGGUCCAGAAUUACUGUUACGCUAGGAAGACUUGGAUUGGUUACGAUGAUAAUCAGAGUAUUGUUACGAAAGUGAGAUACGCUAAGCAGAGAGGUCUACUUGGUUAUUUCUCGUGGCACGUUGGAGCUGACGAUAAUUCUCUUCUAUCUCGUGCAGCGUCACAGGCAUGGGAUGCUAAGGCAGCAACCACGAUAAUCCUACACAACUCGAAAAUGUCUUCAACAAAACUCAUCUCGCUCAUUGUCUCCAUAACAUUCUUCCUCUCUCUCCCAUCCUCCUCGGCACAAACUGUCGUAAAAGCUUCGUACUGGUUCCCGGCGAGUGAAUUUCCGGUUACCGACAUUGACUCAUCUCUCUUCACUCAUCUCUUUUGCGCUUUCGCUGAUCUCAACUCUCAAACCAAUCAAGUCACUGUCGCCUCCGCGAACCAACCUAAAUUCUCAACCUUUACACAAACUGUCCAACGCAGAAACCCUUCUGUUAAAACCCUUUUGUCUAUCGGCGGUGGAAUAGCAGAUAAAACCGCGUAUGCUUCUAUGGCAAGUAACCCCACUUCUCGAAAAUCGUUCAUUGAUUCUUCGAUAAGACUCGCUAGAUCAUAUGGAUUCCACGGUCUUGAUCUAGACUGGGAGUAUCCGAGCAGCGCGACGGAGAUGACCAACUUCGGGACACUACUUCGAGAAUGGCGAUCAGCUGUUGUAGCCGAAGCUAGUAGCAGCGGUAAACCGCGUUUGCUUUUGGCAGCUGCGGUUUUCUACUCCAACAAUUACUAUUCGGUACUGUACCCGGUUCAAUCCGUUGCUAGCAGCCUGGAUUGGGUUAAUCUUAUGGCCUAUGAUUUUUACGGACCGGGUUGGUCCAGAGUGACCGGUCCACCAGCCGCUCUGUUUGAUCCUUCAAACGCAGGUCCAAGCGGAGACGCGGGAGCAAGGUCAUGGAUUCAAGCUGGACUUCCGGCGAAGAAAGCAGUCUUGGGAUUUCCAUACUACGGCUACGCGUGGCGUCUCACAAACGCCAACAGUCACAGCUACUACGCGCCUACCACCGGAGCUGCGAUAUCACCGGAUGGUUCGAUAGGUUACGGUCAGAUAAGGAAGUUUAUAGUAGAUAACGGAGCAACAACGGUUUAUAACUCUACGGUGGUCGGAGAUUAUUGUUACUCCGGCACAACUUGGAUUGGUUAUGACGAUAAUCAGAGUAUUGUGACGAAAGUUAGAUACGCUAAGCAGAGAGGUUUGCUUGGUUACUUCUCGUGGCAUGUUGGCGCUGAUGAUAAUUCUGGUUUAUCUCGUGCAGCUUCACAGACAUGGGAUGCUACGACGGCAACCACCAGAACUAUACAGAAGAUAAUUAUGUGUUGCAAUUUUCCGGGUUACACCCUCUUGUCAAUCGGUGGCGGGAGUGCUAACAAAGACGCGUUUGCAUCCAUGGCAAGUAACCCCAACUCCAGGAGAUCGUUCAUUCAAUCGACAAUCACCGUUGCUAGGUCGUACGGCUUCCAUGGCCUCGACCUAGACUGGGAUUACCCGAGAAACGCGAAAGAGAUGAGCGAUUUCGGGAUGCUACUGCAAGAAUGGCGAUCGGCCGUUAAGGCCGAGUCCAGUAGCAGGGAUACACCGGCUUUGAUCUUGACCGCUGCGGUUUACUACUCCUGGAAUUACCAUGAGGUACCUGUACCCUGUUCUGGCCAUUUCCAACAGCUUGGAUUGGGUUAAUCUUAUGGCCUAUGAUUUUUUUGGACCGGGUUGGUCAACAGAAUGAUUUCAAUUCAUUACCUUAUCACCAAAAUGUAAAUAUCUUUUCUACUAUGCAUGUUUAGAAAUUUACAAAAUCAACCAUAUUAGAAUGA